UCAUGUACUCGUGCGGCAACACAAGUUAUCAGUUCUGGUAAUCGCUCAGCUACCUAAAGGAAACAAAACAGUCAAAUCCUUUGAUGAUCUAGGAAAUUAAGAGGCUCAUGAUGACUAAGACUAAGCUGUACACUUUAGCCCUAAUUAGAAAUAACAGCGAUGUUCUUCUUGGAAUGAAAAAGAGAGGAUUUGGUGUGGGACGGUGGAAUGGUUUUGGCGGGAAAGUGCACUCAAAUGAAACAGUUUUGGAAGCAGCGAAGAGGGAGUUACAUGAAGAGUCUGGCCUUAUAGUAAAUGAACUGCAAGAGGCUGGGCUUUUAAAGUUUGAAUUUAUUGGUGAACCUGAAAUAAUGGAGGUCCAUGUAUUCACCACAAAUAAGUUUGAAGGAACACCAGCAGAAUCAGAAGAAAUGCGGCCUCAGUGGUUUCCAAUCUCAGAGAUUCCAUUUGAUGAUAUGUGGCCAGAUGACAUUCUCUGGUUUCCAUUCCUGUUAAAAGGACAAAAGUUCUCUGGAUAUUUCAAGUUUAAAGGACACUCAGAAAUACUUGAUUACACAUUAGAGCCAGAAUGUUAAGUUGGGCAUUUUGUUAAAAUACUAAUAUAGGAAGGUUAAUGUUCAAGUAUAAUAUUUUAACAUGGUUUUAAAUAGUACAUAAAACAUUCAAAAUAAAUGUAGUUCAAAUUUGUGCCAAUAGGGGCCCGUUAGUCGAAAGUCCCGGUAACUUGACAAGCCCAAAAGCAUAUUGAAAAUUAAAAACGUUUGUGAAUACAACAUUAUAUUACAAUGAUGUGUUGUUCUGAAUAUGAUUGUGAAUGCCUCAGCAUCCAAGAUCAAUUCAAUAUAUUUGGACAAAGCCAGCAAACUAGACUGAGUGUCAGGUUAACUUACUUGGUAAAAUUCUGUGCAGGAACAAACUCAUUCUUUAAAUGCUGUAACUGGUAGCUGCUUAAAAACAGUAACCAGUCGGAAACAAGUGGGUCUGUAAUGGACAGUAGCACCCAUUCCGCUUGCAUGUUUUCUGUUUUCUUUUAAUUAUAAUUUCUUUCCAGCUUAAAUCAAUCUUUUGAGUAUAUACGGAAUCAAGGCAAAGAUUACAAUGUAUUUCUUGUCAAGACUGGUAUUUAACUGUUUUGUCUUGAUGAAGUAGCCAGCACUUCAGAAACUAGUAACCUGUGAAAACCCUUACAUGGACUGUCCCAAUAAGGUGCUGUUGCUGUUUACUUCAUAUAUAAAAAAAAAGAACAAAUAAACUGAAUUUUGAUACCCACAGUUGAAAGUAUACUGUUAUUUGUGUUUCAUGAAUAACCAGGUUCAGUUCAAUGAUCUUUCAAUUAGGUACUUGUGCAGUUGAUAUUUGUAACUGUUAUUCACUCUCCAAGCAGCAAGAGUCGUAUGGAAGCAAUGGGACGUAACUACUUCCAGUGAAAAGAAUAUCAUGGAGUGGGUUUUCUUUCUUGGUGAGCCUUAUAAUAUGUGUCAUUGGAAAAGAGAAAUGAAA